CGUUGAUUGGCCAAUCAACUCGAUACCAAGAUGUCAGCCCCCUUGUCUUGUUGACAAUCACUGAAUUAGUGCACGAAAGUGUAUUUUACCUCAAUAUACAUUGUUUAAAAACAUAAAAAAAAGAAUUUAAAGCAAAGAUACUUGCUUAAACAACAAUAGCCAACAGAAAUGUCAGAAUCAACAGCCUUUAGGCAAAUGGACGAGAAGCAUGUAUCAGUUGAUGUUCAUCUUAUGCUGUGGUCACCAAAGUUUGACUUGGUAGCACUUUCUAAUGUUCAAGGGGAGGUUGUAUUACACAGAUUAUCAUGGCAGAAAGUUUGGUCAGUGGCUCCUCCUGGUGAUGAUGUCAAAGUUACUUCCCUUGCCUGGCGACCUGAUGGAAAAGUUUUAGCUGUGAGUUAUACCUGUGGAAAGAUAAACUUAUAUGAUAUAGAAAAUACAGAGGUUCUACACACGAUUGAAUUACAAGGGGAGAUAACAAGCUUAACUUGGAUAAACCAAGCCAUACUAGAGGGAAACACAUGGUCUCCAGAACCUUACUUAGAAGAUGAUUUCAGCCAAUUUUUACCCAAGCUAUUACCAUUAUCUAAGAGCUACAGUCCACUGAAUACUAAAGGAACUGCAUCAGAAGAAAAUGUAGAAGACAGUAAAAAGUUAAAAGAUCAGAAAGAGUUGAACCUUCUGAUAGCUAGCUGUGGAAAACAAGACAUACACAUGUUUGCCUAUGGUGUAUAUCCAAUUGUUGUCAUGGCAGUAGAUCAAAUAAAUGGUAUUACAAUUGAUAAAAUCCAUACAGCUGCUGUGUCACAGGAUCUGAGAAGUCUGGUGAUAAUUGCUGAAGUUAGCGAUGAGUCAGAUGACAAAAGCAUGUUUAAAAUAUUGACAUAUAGCACCUCAUUAGUGGCUUCAAGAGACAAAGAACUAAGAAUGUUAGCAUUGAAAUGUGGACAGGUGGCAUCAUUGAUAGCUUACCUACAGUUAACAGUUCAGCAGAUGUCAGAAUCCUGGGAAGAUAUAUUAAUGGAGAUGGACUCAAAAUUGUUAAAAUUUGCACAGGAAAAGAAGGCUACAGGCAGUGGUACAGUCAGCAAUGAUUUCCUUGAACUACUGCUGUUUGGAAUUCCAAGCUUGGAACUAAAGUCUUUCCUGUUACACGAACUUACAGACAAGGGAUUGAAGAAACUAGGAAUUUCUAUAGAGACAUCAUAUACAAAUAUACAGAAACUUGUCAUUAACCACCUACAAGUUGUGAGCCAGUCAUUGUUAUACCACCUAAGUGAGUUGCGUGGUAUGUCACAAUGGUAUGAUAGAUUUGGUGUACUGGGCAUGUCCACAAAACACAUACAGGAAGCUGUCACUGCAGUAGGAUCAUUUGUAUUAAAAACCAGUGAACUUCAACAAGUAAUAGAUGACAGUAUCAAGAACUUCAAGGCAUUUUUCUGUUGGUUGUAUGUUGCAAUAUUGCAGCUGUCAGAUGAAAAGGUACCAGCUGAACUAAGCAAGAUGACACAACAUGAUAUCAACUUUGUAGCACAGUUUUUAACAGACAACUUUGAUCAUUUUUCUGUGGAUGAGGAAGAUUCGAUAUCUGAACUAACAGAGAAGAGGUCAGGGUUCAAAUUGGAAAAAGUUGGCCAGUACCUGAAGAAAGAAGAUUUGCAUUAUCCACCACACAUAUCUGCUAAUCCCUGGAUACAGGUCAUGAGGUCAAGUCUUCAUAUCAGAGAUUCAGAUAUUGUAUAUCCUGUGAAAAGUUCAAGUUCAUUGGUUCAACUUCAGGAAUCAGUAGAAGAAAUCAUCAAGUCAGCUUUAACUCAACCUUCUAUAGUUAUAGGACAGUCACUAUCCUGUAUAUCAUCAAUAGAUCUGUUUACAAAGGAUAAAAGUGAAGAAAACUUCAAGAUGAAGUCUUGCCAGUUUACAUGCAAUGAAAAGAAAGUUGUUUAUACAGUAUUUACCUCCAGUCCUGCACCAUGUGACAAGUUUUAUAUCCUUCGACAGCCUACUUGUAGCAAAGGUGCAACAUUACAGACAGAAGGUGUAGCAGUGAAAAUAGGACAGCUUACACAUGACACUAACCAUAAUGACAGUUCUGAUCAAACCUUUCAACCAUGCAGCAAUCAUAAAAUAUUGGACUUGGCUUACUAUGACGAGAAGACAUUGUCCUUGCUAUUAGUAGAAGAUACAACUGACCAGCUUCCGGUCCUUGUUCAGCUAGCUCUGUCUGUCAUCACUGAUGACGUGUACACCGUGCUGGGAACCAAUGGAGACAUCCAAUCACAAGUUAACUGUAUAGAUGCAGGAAGUGCAAUAGAAAGUAACUGCUUCAGGAAAUUAGAGAAUAUGAAGGCCUGUGGUUUUGCUGUAAGCGGUACACGGAAAACAGCCACUGUGUUAUUUUCAUCAAGACGUAGAGUGAGGAUAUUCUGGAUGGAUGCUGAGGAAGAAGAAGAAGAUGAGGAUGAUGAGAUUGAUGGUAGUGGGUUGGAGGAGGGAGGCAAUCUCAUUAGCCAGGAAAGGACAUUAGAUGACACUCCCGAGGACACUGACAUGGAGGCUGAGGCUAAUAAAGAAAAUACAAGUUUCUCUAGCCCACUUAGUUAAUAAUAAAAACAUU